GUAAGUUACACUACAAUGACUAUGUACAACGCAAACUUGUCUAUAUUAGCAACCGCUAAUAUUACUAUCUAGUUGUUUUUACCGUUUCAUAAACAAUAUCAUAUUUCUGCCUUUCUCCAGCUCACAGUGAAGUUUACAAACGUACGUCACUGUUGCUGUGAUACCUGAACAAACUAUUACAAUCAACGUCUUUAUUGAUUUGUUUGUUCUAUUUUCUUGUGUCAGGGUAGACCUGAGGUCAGUGACUUCUACUGAGGUGGUUACGUCACAAGGAAGUACAAAAGUCACUGUUGUACGGGGUAGACCAGGUCAGUGACUUUUACUGGGGUGCUUACGUCACAAGGAAGUACAAAAGUCACUGUUGUACGGGUGUGUUGGUAUUUAGCUUUAAGGCCGUACGUACUUUUAAAAUGCUUAAAUUACUUUUAAAGUAAACUUUAUAUGUGUUCAGGCUGGUUUCAUUGGCGCUGCAAUUAAACUUUGCGGCCGCCAUUGACAUUGUUUUUGCCGUUUCAUAAACAAUAUCAUAUUUCUUCCUUUCUCUAGCUCACAGUGAAGUUUACAAACGUACGUCACCGUUGCUAUGAUACCUGAACAAACUAACAUUUGGCGUUUUUAUUGAUUUGUUUGUUCUGUUUUUUCUUUAUUCAGGGCAGACCAGGUCAGUGACUUCACACGGCCUUACAGUGGCCCUGAACAUAGGCAUGAGUCAUGAAGUCAAGAAACUUGACCGACGUGGUGACGUCACAAGGAAGUAAAACAAAACACGUGUGCAUGUGUACAUUUUACCUAGUAGAUUUCAACAGCUGUAUGCUAUACAUGUGUAACGUUAAAUACAUAAUAUACAAUACCUUUCUAUGCUAAAGCUCAUAAACCCUGAAGUAGGACAUUGGGAGCUUCUUUGGGUAUGGUACUAGCUAAGUGACAGGUAAGCUAAGCACAUUUAACAAGCCCUUCCAUUGUCAAAAGAUAAAUACGUUGGGCAAGUACACUAUGUUUACUUGAGUGGAAAAGUACUGAAAGUCCUGCAGGAAGUAGUUGGACUGACACUGUUUAACUUCUCGGAACUUACCUGACAGUAAAUUCAAUUUACCGUAAACGUUUGGUAUUGUAAGACCCCCAAAUACCCCCAAGGUGAUUGAUAGAAAUACUUGGAAAAUGGCAUGUAUCAGGAUAUAAUAUACGAGUACAAUACCCUUGUAUGCUAAAGUUGAUAAACCCUAAGUAGGGCAUUGGGAGCUUGUUUGAGCAUGGUACUAGCUGACAGGUGUUAGAUGUUAAGCUUCCUUUGUCAAAAGAUAAAUACGUGGGGCCAAGUGCACUAUGUUCACUUGGGUGGAAAAGUACUGAAGUACUUCAGGAAGUAAUUCGACUCGCACUAUGAAAAAACACAUUGUAGAGCCUAUGACCAGUGGUAGAGCCUGCGUAGUAGGCUCAAGAAACUGUAAAGAUCUCUGUUUAAUCAAGGCGCUUUCAUGAGCUUGGUUUAAUGUUCUUGGUAUUGUAAUUAAGACCCCCAAAAUACCCCAAGGGGUAACGGCAGAGUGCUCGACUCGGAAACAAGAGGUCCCGGGUUCGAGUCCUUUCCCGCGUCGCUCAGGUGAAAAUGAGCAUUGUAUUGUCCCCAGUGUUGGUGGCGGCAUUAAUAUAAGAUGACAAAACUUGGGUGUGUCCCCACCACAUCUUGUGAUUACAUGUGCGAAUAUAAAAAAAAAUGCCCCAAGGUGAUUGGUAGAAACAUUUGGAAAACGUUGCAAACAAACUCUUAUAACAACACAUCUUUUGUGUGUCAUUUUGAGAAGUCCAUUGUGUUGUGUUGUCACGUCCCAUUUCACCUAUUAGGUGCACAUGCAUUGGCAAUUACAGGAACGGUUACAACGCAAAUCGCCUGCGUUGCCUGGCAACGCUGCCGGUGCCAUGUUCACUGCACCUGCAAACAUGGCUGAAGAAACUUUCUUCCCCGUUCCCAAACCUGGGUUUUUUCACUUUGAUCUGUUCGUCAAGGACACGAAGGAUGUUUCACCGUGGUAUGACGAGCUCAAGGCUAGACUGGACCAGGAGACGGGGCCUAUGGAGAGUGCAAUGACCAACUUAUUGGCUGUUUUUGCGUUCUACAAACUACGCGGGGGAGGGGAAGCACGAAAACUCCUGGAGAACCUCACCCGAAUGGAUGAGAACAAUCUCAACGGUAUCGCCAACAAGCAGUUCAUAUACGGCAAACUGAUGAGAGCAAAGGACGAGAUGGCGUGUAGGGAUCGGUUACAGGAACUGCUUUCGGACCAAUCCGAUGCUGCCAGAGCACGAAAUGCUCGCUGUUUUGCUGAACAGGGCUUCGCGAUCGCCUUUGACGUAAGGGACGACAGCAAAGACAUGGUGUCGAAGAUCAGGCGCGCAAUAGGUCUAUUCGAAGAUGCACUGAGGUUAAUGUGUACUGCCGACGCCAUGACCACGCAGGACGCCAUGACCACGUGUCUUGUUUGGAAGUUCUACCUGAGUAAAUGUUACUUGCGACUCGACCAAGUUACAGAACACGCACUCCAAACACAAGACAAUAACCCGAAAGGCUUGAUUGACGCUCAAACGCUUUUGAUCGCGGUGACCAAACUGGAUCCGUGCUGGAAGCACAGUACAUUCUACAUCGCACGAGCAUGGGCCUUACUUGGAUCUUUGGAGAGCAAGUUCAGAAAAGCGUUCCAAAGUUAUGAAACCCCUGAGUACAUUAUGCAAGAAAUUCCCCACACAGAGGAAGAAAGCGAUGUUGGGCCUCAGUUGGGUUGCUUCAUCAAAGCCGUGAAAAUUAACCCACAUGGCGAGGACGGAGAGAUCUACAGGAGGUUUGGACACAUGUACCUACAUGAGCAUCUCUACGAAAAAGCUCGACAGAUGUUGGACAAGUCAAUAGAUAUAAUGCCUGGAAGUACAAGUAACUUGAUGGCAUAUUACAUCAGAUCUCUUGUAAACCUAUGCGAAUACAAGCACUUGUUGAAACAGUGUAGACGAAACGAAGGGGCACUGCCCUCGAAAGAAAUACUGCAAAGAGCUAAAGCAGACGCCAUCGUUUGCUGUGACGGUGCGACUCCACCGUUUACAAUUUGCCACCUUGGAGAGGUCUGCCACAGGCUGGCGACCCAUCCUCUCAAACACGAAGUGGAAGACUGGGAUGAACUAGGAGACGCGCUUGACCACUUCGCCUUAGCACUGCAGCUAGAAGACGGUUACACCAGCCCCAAGAUACAGGCUGCCAGAGGCUGGUGCCUUGGAGAUGCUGGAGAGCAUGAGAAGGCAGCAGAGUCCUUCAAGCGCGCCGUUGAAAACGAUGCUCACAACACGAGCUACUCGUGGAACCUGACUCAGGUGUUGAAACACCUUUUGAUACUUCACAAUGGAUCAGAGGACGGUCACAGAGAACAUUACAUCGCCGAAGUAGCUUUCUGGAUCAAGGAAGGCUACAAGAAAUACGCGGACAUAACACCAGUACUUCGCCAUUGUGUAUUCAAGUUUGGCAGUCAGAUGUUACAGGUAUGUCAGUACCUCAUUGGCUGUGACAACUGCCACCUGGCGAGGAUGUGUCUUGGAUGUUUUGAACGGCAUCGCAAUGACACAUAUCGUGCAGACGCAGACUCCAUGCUGUCUACACUUCCAGAAGAAGAUGCUGAGGCCAGCGCAGCUGGAAUGGACGGCAGGUCCCCCACACAGCCCAAGCAGGAAACACGGGUGAAGGUGCCGGUGACAGUGGAGAAAUCGCGUCACGGUCAGGAGUUCAAAUACGACUUUUUCGUCUCACACAGCAGCAAAGACGCUGGUUGGGUAAACUACGCACUCCUACCUGCACUGGAAGUGGACAUGCGAUUUAAAGGUUGUGUCGCUGAUCGGGACUUCAUACCGGGGAAAAGCGUGUACGACAACAUCAUCUCCAGCAUUGAGAACAGCUACAAGACCCUGCUGGUCCUUACACCACACUUCAUGACCAGUGAGUGGUGUAAGUACGAGACUGAGCAGGCAUUGUACAAGAGUCUGAGGGGCAAGACCGAGCGUGUCAUUCCCAUCAUGCUCGAAGCGUGUGACGUACCGGAAUCCUUACGCACCAUCACGUACUUUGACGUGUCAAGAGACGUAAUCGGCUCUUAUGAUUGGUUGAAACUGAAGAAGGCUUUAGAGCAGACUCCUUCAAAAGGGGACUAGCUACAUCUACAUGUCAAUAUACAUGUAAGAGAAAAGAAGACUGUAUUAUGUAGAUAAUUUGAAAUACAAUAUUCUAACAUGUUGUUA